AUGGCCCCGAAUCAAUCUCUGCGCCACGGGGAGCCUACCGUCCUCGUGCAGAGCCGCGAGACGGGAGACGUGAUACCAGAGAGCUCGAUCCGGCCCAAGGUGCAAGCUCUGCCCUUUGCCAAGUCAUGGGUGCAUCUGAUGGCUGGCGCCGUGGGCGGCAUGACCGCCGCGACCGUCACCGCGCCCCUCGACGUCCUCAAGACCCGUCUGCAAUCCGACUUCUACCAAGCCCAGAUCCGCGCGGCCCGCGCAGCGGCCCCCCAACAGGCGCGCAACCCCCUCCGCUCUGCCAUCUAUCACCUCAAGGAUACACUCCAGAUCCUCGGCUCCGUCUACCGGGUCGAGGGCCCUCGCGCGUUGUUCAAAGGCCUUGGGCCCAACCUGGUGGGCGUGAUACCCGCGCGGAGUAUCAACUUUUUCGUGUACGGUAAUGGCAAGAAGGCCAUGGCGCAGUACUGGAACAACGGACAGGAAGCCGCCUGGGUGCACCUGGCGGCCGGUGUCGCCGCGGGUGUUGCGACAAGCACAGCGACGAACCCCAUCUGGAUGGUCAAGACGCGGUUACAGCUCGACAAGAACAUGUCGGCCAAGUCCGGCGGCCAGCAGGCGCGGCAAUACCGCAAUAGUGUGGACUGCAUCCGGCAGAUUCUGCGCGACGAAGGCAUCCGGGGGUUGUACAAGGGCAUGAGCGCAAGUUACUUGGGCGUCGUGGAGAGCACGAUGCAGUGGAUGCUAUAUGAGCAGAUGAAGACCGCUCUGGCGAGGAGGAACGAGCGGAUCCUGUUGACUGGCCGCGAGAAGAACGCGUGGGACGGCGUGGUGGAUUGGUUCGGCAACUCUGGUGCUGCUGGCAGCGCAAAGCUCGUGGCGGCUGUCCUGGCGUAUCCCCACGAGGUCGCUCGCACCCGCCUUCGGCAAGUACCCACCGAUGGCAGCCGGCCCAAAUACACCGGCCUGAUGCAGUGCUUCAAGCUCGUCUUCAAGGAGGAGGGCAUGAUGGGGCUGUACGGUGGACUCACCCCUCACUUGAUGCGCACGGUCCCCAGCGCAGCCAUCAUGUUCGGCAUGUACGAGGCUAUCCUACGAUUAUUCCACACGCCGGCGUAA